AUGCUGCCACGCCCCUCUGCCGCCGACGAUUCCCACCAGAAACUCCUUGACCAGCUCGACAUGGCCCGCAUCCCACGACCCUUCCGCAACCCUCACUGGAAACCCUCGGCCCGCCGUAACAAAAACGUAAAACAAAUCCUCUCCGAAACCUCGCGAAAGGAAGCAUCGGUUCUCGCCAGUCAGAAUAACUCUGGUGCCUCAACCCCGUUCGCUGCCCCAUCGAGCACCACCGCCGCCGCCGCAACACCUGCUACGGAGAACGGUACCGGUGACGGCACUUCCGCGACACCGGCCACUGCGAUAGGUGUAGGUGUAAAUGUGGGUGUGACAUCACGACCACCCAACAUUGCCCAGGCGGCCCAGAGUCUCUCAACCCUGGUGCUGGAGAAGAAUUUCCGCACCCUAGCGCAAAUGGGAGGUGUGAUGGCGAAUGGAAUGGGGCCUGCGGUAACAUACACGAACAUUGAGUCAGCGCCCUCGCUGCACCCGUCGUCGCAGAAGAGAUACUGUGAUAUCACGGGCCUCCCGGCGCCGUAUACGGAUCCGAAGACGCGGUUACGGUAUCAUGACAAGGAGGUUUUUGCGGUUGUGAGGUCGUUGGGACAGGGGGUUGCUGAGAGUUAUUUGGAGGUGCGCGGGGCGCAUGUUGUGUUGAAGUAG